AUGAGCAACCCUCAAGCGCGUCCUAGACAGCUCAGCAACAAUUCUGGCCAGCGACCGCAACCGCAGGGAACUUCCUCGUCGCAGGCGGGCCAAGGCGACAAAAACAAGGACGAUUACGUCUAUUUCAAUCGAUCUACCGCUGGUUUCUCAGAUGAAGCUGUCCCUAAAGCGAAAGCGGCCCAACUCAAGCUUGAGCACUACUACAAGCUGGCCGUCGAGGCUGCUGUUGAGCGUAAUGGAAGGUUCGUAGACAUCGACUUGGGAUAUGGACGCGUCGAGUUGGAACGGAAGUUGGCAGCCGAUCCAAACAUGUCGGAUGAACGCAAGCAGAAGCAAUUGCAAGCUCUUGGAAAGAAAGAGUCUACGUUUCUGCGAUUGAAGCGGACUAAGCUGGGUUUGGACGACUUUAGGACUGUCAAAGUCAUUGGCAAGGGAGCUUUUGGCGAAGUUCGACUGGUGCAGAAGCUGGAUACCGGCAAGAUCUAUGCUAUGAAAUCCCUUCACAAGAAUGAAAUGUUGAAGCGAGACCAGCUUGCCCAUGUUAGAGCAGAGCGAGAUGUUCUUGCGGAGUCAAAUUCUCCAUGGGUAGUGCAAUUAUUUUAUUCGUUCCAAGACUCGGCAUAUCUAUAUCUCGUUAUGGAAACAAUGCUCAUCAAGUACGACACCUUCUCCGAAGAUGUUACUCGGUUCUAUAUGGCCGAAUGUGUUUUGGCGAUUGAGGCUGUUCACAAACUUGGCUUCAUUCAUCGAGACAUCAAACCGGAUAAUAUUCUGAUUGAUAAAGACGGUCAUAUCAAGCUUUCAGACUUUGGCUUAUCCACAGGUUUCCACAAGCAACACGACUCGGCCUACUAUCAGAAGCUUUUGGAUUCUGCAAAUGGUGUACAGCAGUCAGCUGCUCCUGCGAGGAACAGUGUUAUGGUUAAUCCGAUUCACCUCACUGUGAGCAGCAAGGACCAAAUUGCGACAUGGAAGGCCAAUAGAAGGAAGCUGGCCUACUCGACUGUCGGCACUCCCGACUAUAUCGCACCGGAAAUCUUCCUGAUGCAGGGUUACAGCAAUGAGUGCGAUUGGUGGUCUCUUGGGGCUAUCAUGUUCGAAUGUCUCGUUGGAUAUCCUCCAUUCUGUUCUGAGAACACACAUGAGACGUACAAAAAGAUUUUGGAUUGGCGAAACCAUCUCAUCUUCCCGGACGACGUUCACCUAAGUAGGGAAUCGGAAGAGAUGAUUCGAGGAUUGCUUACCUCUCAGAACGUCCGACUAAACGUCGAACAAAUAAAGAACCACUCGUUCUUCUAUGGGGUAGAAUGGGAUGCUAUCCGCGAAAUUGAUGCUCCUUUCGUCCCUCACCUGCGAUCCAUCACAGACACGUCCUACUUCCCCGACGAUCAGCUGGAUGCGGUGCCGGAUCGACCCUCCGGCACCGAUACAAGCGGCAAUAAGGAUCUCGCGUUCUUGGGAUAUACCUUUAAGCGCUUCAAUCUGACUGACAAAGCACUGUAG